GCGAACCGAGUCACGUCCUUAUUUCAAGGUAUCUGGUUUACGUGCCGAUGUAGCACGGAGACGGAGCUACUCAACGUCGUAAUUUUCACGUAAACGUCGUUAUAUCGUACCAGUUCGCAUGACAGUUAUACACCGCGGUGUACGCCAGGUGUUCCAAGCGGCUAUAAAUGAAUAUUAUACUUAAAAUUGAAGUGUUAUUCGAGUGUGGAUGCCGAUCGUGAUAUUCCCGACGGCAAGGAUUACCUGCAGUUUUCAUCAAAUACACUCACCCUCCUCGAUUGCGUGCAAUUCCAACUCCUGCAACAUGCAGGGGUACCAGGGGACCUUCGAACAUCAGCCACAGGAACACCGGGACCGGGACCGGGAGGAGACUGUCGUGGUGGACCUUGUUCCUCCUCAGUAUCAGCUCAGUCCACCAAACAGUCCACCUCCGACACGUCCCUCCUCCAAUGGGGGAUCGUCCGCAAAGAUACACGAAACCUCGCCGUCGCAUCAGCAGCCUCCGCUGUCCUCGAUGGACUCCAACAUCCGGAGGUAUAGAACGGCGUUCACACGAGAGCAACUUGCGAGACUGGAGAAAGAAUUUCACCGGGAAAAUUACGUCAGUAGGCCCAGACGAUGUGAACUAGCAGCUCAGCUCCAGCUUCCUGAAUCCACGAUUAAGGUGUGGUUUCAAAACCGACGCAUGAAAGACAAACGCCAAAGACAGGCAUUGGCCUGGCCCUACGCCAUGUACGCCGACCCAGCGUUGGCGGCAACUCUUCUAGCCGCUGCAACAGCUUCGCUGCCACCGCCACCUUACCACAAUCACCAUCAUCACCAUCACCAUCAUCAGCUGCAGCACCAACAGACUGGUCUCCCGCCCGGCGGACACCUUCAGGCCGCUUCUCCACCCGGCUACGUUCCAGCCGCGGCCGCGGCAGCGGCAGCGGCCUACUACGCGCGCUACGUCCCGUACCAAACACACCCGGCUCAUCCGGCGCCGAUUCAUCGGCCUCACCUUCCGACACAGACGGCGACGACCACGGUACCUGGGGCCGGUUACCCGCCCGCGGGUCUCCACUCGCACACGCUUUCGCACCAGCUGAUGCAGACGCACCAUCACCAUCAGCAACCACACCAGCUCCAAUCCCCGUCUUCGGCGGCCGCUGCCGCGGCCGCGGCUCUCGGUCCCUCGCUCCAUUUCCCAUCGCCACUGAGCCUCCCUUCCUCUCCCCCAACGUCAGGCCAGCCCACCGCCUACGCGACGCCGCCUCCCGGGACUCCGUCAGCGACGUAUCGCCCUGAGCUGAGCAGUCCCGCGCAGUCCGAUACGUCGUCAAGUGAGUACGACUGCAGCGGGACUUCUCAGGCCGUGGAGAACAAGCUCUACGUACGAAGCACCGCCGCUACGACACAGACUCAGACGACCACCCUACAGACGUCGUCGAGUACAAACGAAGCCACGAAGAUCAAACCUCCGAAGCUGUUUCAACCUUAUAAAAACGACAUUACUGAAAGGACGUAGGUCAUCCGCUGCGGGCAGCGCGAGGACGAAUGCUAUUUACCAAAGUCUAUUAUUGUAAGACCAAAAGAUGCGUCGGAGUGCCUGCUUGUGUGCGUUGUAGUAUGUUAUUCAAAUUUCCGCAGGCCCGGUACUCGCGGCGAUUAAUUCCUCUUUACACCUCCGAUUCCAUUGUAAAUUUAAAACGAUAGCUGCGCUGUAUCUGAAAAUACAGUAUUGACGUGUAGCGUUUUUAUGCGCCAACUUUAUAUUUAUUAGCCAUUUCAAACCUGAAAAUAUACCUGUCAUAACACAUACAUCUAUAUACAUAUAAACUAAACAGCUAGGCAUAUACAGCUAAUUAUUGUACAGUUAAGCAAAUAAAUUAUUUAUGUUAUAGUUUUAAGGAUAUACAUUUUACGAUUAAUAUUAUCAUAUUAUUACUACGAUUACCACAUUAAUUAAUACGAUGUACAGUAUUUGUAUAAAGUAUACUAUGUCUGUAUAAUGUGUACACAGCUAGAAAAAUUUAACUAAAUAUAAUAUCCGAGCAGGUCCACUUUAUAUUUGUGUUAUUCGUUACAUUUCUUUUGGUGAAUAUAAGACAAAUUUUUGUGAUUCUAAAAUUUAAAUUAUCAUAUCAAUAUUUGUUUUGUGAUUUUCGGUUUUUUUCUACUUUGUAAUAUAUUAAAAAAUGGUUAAAUCAACCCAAAAAUGUUAGUGGACCUGCUGGGAUAUUUUUUUCUAAUUUAUACAUAUACAUGCAGUAUGCAGUAUACUACACAUACGUCAUGUUAGAUUGUGUAAGAACGAAAUGAUGAAACUAUAUAAAUAUAUAUGUACAUAUAUUCAUCUUAUAUAUAUGUGGCAUUUUUAUUGCAUAUUACAAAAGGCUCCUCGAACGCUAGGCGGAACCCAAAAGUAUAGAUUUCGCGGUAGCAAUCGUUGAUAAUUUCCGAAAAGAGCGGCAAGACGACGGUCACGCAUUCGAAACUCUGAGAA